UUUGAAGCCCUCCGACAUCUUUCAUUCCUCUCGCUGUCAAACAAGGCUUUAGAACCCUACACAGCGGUUGCUCUAAUUAUCAGCGGGAAGGGUUACUGCAUAUAAUUUGGUUUGUACUAGAGGAGGACCAAUCAAGUCAGUCGGCAGACAACAUAUAAGGUAGACGUUCGUUAUUGUACCGCCUGUGCGGAAACUAACAGCGUUCAUGAAUCAUGACGAAGACGAACACCAUGAGAAGCCACGACCUCCAUGGUUACAGCCACCGCCACCUACUCGUACAGUCUUCAAUCCUGCUUUUCCUCGGAACUUUUUCCGCCGCACAAGCUGCAUCCGACAUCCUCAGCAAGGGCAGUAACCUUACCUAUGGCGAGACCCUGGUCUCCGCUAACGGGUCGUUCACAUUAGGGUUCUUCUCUCGCGGAGUGCCGGCAAGGAGGUACCUGGGAAUCUGGUUCACGGUGUCCAACUCCAGCGGCGACGCUGUAUGCUGGGUAGCGAACCGUGACCACCCUCUCGGCGACUCUUCCGGCGUGCUGGCGAUCAGCGAUACGGGAAGCCUUGUCCUGCUCGACGGCUCUGGCCGGGCGGCGUGGUCUUCGAACACGACCGCCGGCGCCGGCGCCGCUUCCCCAACGGUGAAGCUACUCGAGUCCGGCAACCUCGUCCUGCUGGACGGGAACGACGGAGGAGUCGACGACUACGGCGUCGUGAAGCUGUGGCAGUCGUUCGACCACCCGACGAACACCUUGCUCCCUGGCGCCAAGAUCGGCAUCAACCUGUGGAGCGGCGGCGGGUGGUCACUCACGUCGUGGCGUGAUGCCGACGACCCCUCGCCGGGGGAAUUCCGGUACACGAUGGUCAGGCGAGGGUUGCUGCCCGAGAUCGUGACGCUGGACUCGAGCGACGCCAUCAAGUACCGCACGGGAGUGUGGAACGGGCGGUGGUUCAGCGGCAUCCCGGAGAUGAACUCGUUCUCGAACAUGUUCGUCUUCCAGGUGACGGUAAGCCCGAGCGAGGUCAGCUACAGCUACGCCGCCAAGGCCGGCGCGCCGCCAUCCCUGUCCCGCGUCCUCCUCAACUACACGGCUGACGCCGUGCGCGUCGUGUGGUGGCUGGACAAGCGAGGGUGGGACAACUUCUUCACGGGGCCGCGAGAUGACUGCGACCACUACAACAGGUGCGGGCAUUCUGGCGUGUGCAAUCAUACUGCAGCGUCGACGACGUGGCCGUGCAGCUGUGUCCAGGGCUUCGUCCCCGUCUCGUCGUCGGACUGGGACGGGAGAGACUCAUCUGGCGGGUGCCGGCGGAACGUGUCGCUGGACUGCGGCGACAAUGGCACCACGGACGGGUUUGUCCGUUUGCCGGGAGUGAAGCUGCCCGACACGCUCAACUCGUCGCUGGACACGAGCAUCACGCUGGACGAGUGCAGGGCGAGGUGCCUUGCCAACUGCUCCUGCGUGGCGUAUGCCGCGGCAGAUGUGCAAGGCGGAGGCGAUGAUGUUGGCACUGGAUGCAUCAUGUGGCCUGAAAACCUCACUGACCUACGCUACGUGGCUGGAGGACAGACCCUGUACCUACGGCAGGCUACUCCCCCAUCUGGGACUGGAAGGUUAAAGAAAGAAACGCGGGUUCUCGUAGCAGCUGGAUCAACAUUGGGUUUCAUUGGCCUUAUCAUGCUGGCCAUCUUCGCUGUGCAGGCGGUUCGGAUAAGGCGUCGGAACUUGUUAAUUCAAAUGACGGAGGCAGUUGAAACAGCCCAAGAUCCCUCUGUUUCUUCCAUUGCUCUGGCUACUGUCAAGAGUGCAACAAGGAAUUUCUCCACAAGGAAUGUGAUAGGCGAAGGCACUUUCGGCAUCGUAUAUGAGGGCAAGUUGCCCAGAGGGCAUCCGCUCCUACACGGGCUAGCCGGGAGAACCAUUGCCGUGAAGAGGCUGAAACCGAUCGGCGAUCUUCCGGACAUAAUCGUCAGGUAUUUCACGAGAGAGAUGCAGCUCAUGUCCGGGCUCAAGCAGCACCGGAAUGUGCUCCGCCUCCUUGCCUACUGCGACGAAGCCAGCGAACGGAUCCUGGUGUACGAGUACAUGCACAGGAGGAGCUUGGACGCCUACAUAUUCGGAACACCUAGAGAACGCGCGCUGCUGAACUGGUGCCGGAGGCUGCAGAUCAUUCAGGGGAUCGCCGACGGCGUGAAGCACCUCCACGAGGGAGAAGGGUCGGCCGGCAACGUGAUCCACCGGGAUCUGAAGCCGGCCAAUGUGCUGCUGGACGGCGGAUGGCAGGCCAAGGUGGCCGACUUCGGGACAGCAAAAUUGCUCGUCGCUGGAGCUACCGGAACUCGGACAAGGAUAGGCACACCUGGAUACAUGGCUCCAGAGUACGUUCAGAGCGACGGUGGCGAGACGACGCUCAAGUGCGACGUGUAUAGCUUCGGAGUCACUUUAAUGGAGACACUGAGCGGACGAAAGAACUGUGACACGCCAAGCCUCGUCUCAGAAGUAAAGACCAUACUGAACUGCCUCGGCCGUUCGAGAUGCUAGGCAGCCCCUGCUCGGAGCUUGCCGAGCCCAUGGUGCCGACGGUCGUCGGCAAUGCAGCCUUGGCUACGCUCCUGGAGGCCGAUCUCUCCAGACCGACGGUGUACGAGACAAUCGAUUUUAGAUAAGAGAUGACGCGCUCGCACUGCGUUGCUGCUAAGCUUAUAACACUUGUUUUAUACUUCGUACUGUUGUUUUACACUGAUUAUAAUUGUUAUUAAUAACAUUUUUGGUUUGUUUGGUCGAAAA